ACUUUCAAUUCACUGAUCUGUUUGAUUGUUUCUCUUAAUUCAUUUUAAUUUACAAUCUUUAAUUCUUUAAUUCUUGUCAAUUAACUGUUCCUUUAUCAACUAACUUUACCUUCUCUUUUCUGAAAACUUUUCUAUCGGCGUAAUAAGUCAAUCUUCCCUAGAAUUGUAUUGACCAUUUGUUGCGUUUUUCUCUCAUCUCUUUGAUCUGAAUUAAUUUACUUUUCUUAAUCUUGAAUCUCUGUGAUUACCUGUUUCUCCAUCAAGUGAAAAUGCUUCCUCAACCCGCUGGUAAAACUGUUGUCAAGUUGAGUACCGAUGAUUUGGUCGACGAUGGUCUAAUCGAUGAUGACGCUUUGUUAACUGAAGAGGAUCUGAAGAAACCCGAUCCAGCGAGUUUAAAGGUCACUGGUUCAGAGACUAAGAGAAAGGCCUGUGCUGGUUGUAAUUGUGGAUUAGCUGAAGAAUUAGCUAAAGAAGAACGUGAAACCAUAAAAAAGAACACCCAAAAUGUCAAAUCUUCAUGUGGAAGUUGUUACUUAGGUGAUGCCUUUCGAUGUGCGAGUUGUCCAUAUCUUGGAAUGCCAGCCUUCAAGCCUGGAGAAAAGGUCACAAUCGAUUCUUCAGAUGAUUUAAAUUAAUUGGUACAAAUGAUAAAUUGAUGAUCCAACAAUCAAAGAAUAAUAAACAAAACCGAUUGUAACUUACCAGAUGAUUAACAUUCAAGUAUAAAGUGUUUGCUUUACAAAUUUA